AUGCCAAAGCGUAAAAACAUAUUUGGUAGUCUUGGAGACUCUGAUAGUGGCAGUGAAUACAAUUUGUCAGAUGAUGAUGAUUUCGCUCCUAAAGCCAAGAAGAAGGAAAAGCCCAAAAAAGAGAAGAAGGACAAGAAGGACAAGAAAAAGAAAGCAACUCCAAAAAAGGAGAAAAAUUCUGAUGGUGUCAAGAAGAUGAAAGUCAAUAAUGAUGAUAGCAUCAUUGUAUUGGAUGACGACAGUGGACCAGGUGAAGUUUAUUCAGUUAAGGAGACUAGUUUGUCGUCUCCUAACGAUAAAAGCUUGAAAGUUACUCUUGAAAGAUUGUCACCAGACUGCGUUAAUAAAUUAGUCAACAAACAAAUAAUGGAUGAACCAAACAAAAAGCUUGAUGAGAUAAGUCAAGAUUCAACAAAAAAGGGAAAAGAAGUUAAUUUCGCAGGAACUGAGUCAUUUCAAGAAACUCCUAAAGCUGUCAAAACUUGUAAGAAACCUGAACCAGUUGAAACCGACAACAAUGAAAAAUCAAAUGACAAUGAAAAGGUAACCUCUUCAAUGCGAAAUCUACGGGAGACUAAAGCUCGAAAGAAUCAUGUAAAAUUCAAUCCUUUACAGUAUGUAGAACCCGUAAAGACUCCUCCACUUGCUAUUAAAGUUGGAUUAUCCAGGCAUAGCAGACCAAAGAAAUCAUUGCAUCCUCUUCUUUCUCGAACAUCAUUAUAA